GAGAAACUUGGUGUCCAGGGGAGGCCCCCGGCGGCUGGAGAGCGGCGGAGGCGGGCGCAAAGGCCGGAGGGAGAGGAGGCGAGGGGCGGCCCGACGCGGGGAGGGAGCGAGGCGAGCGGUCAUGUGCCCGUGCCCCCUGCACCGCGGCCGCGGCCCCCCGGCCGUGUGCGCCUGCAGCGCGGGCCGCCUGGGUCUGCGCUCGUCCGCCGCGCAGCUCACGGCCGCCCGGCUCAAGGCACUCGGCGACGAGCUGCACCAGCGCACCAUGUGGCAGCGCCGCGCGCGGAGCCGGAGGGCGCCGGCGCCCAGCGCGCUCCCCACCUACUGGCCCUGGCUGUGCGCGGCCGCGCAGGUGGCGGCGCUGGCGGCCUGGCUGCUCGGCAGGCGGAACUUGUAGGAACGCGGGGCUUCUUGGUGGGGCCGGAGCCGAGACCCAGCCGGAGCGAGCAACAGGUUGGUGAAAACCCUGUGUCCUUGGAGAAAGCUGGUUCCCGUUUUCCUGAGGGGGAGCCCAGAGCUUGAAAGGUCGCAGCUGGCACUUCGAGAAGGAAGUGGAGAAUAAAGACGGCGCCUGGAGCAAUAGUAGCAACGUGGAAUGGGACUGGGGAAGCCCCUUGGACAUCCAGCUGCAGAAACAGACACCCCAACGCUAUUUACAAACAGCCCUAUAUAUAUAUAAAAAGAAAAUAUGAAUAUUACUAUUCAGUGCAUGCCUUGUUGAGGACGUGGUCCCCUCCCUUUUCUGCACCUUCCGAUGUGAACUUUGAUGCUCUUUCCUGUCUGGGGCACUGGAAGAGAGAUCGUUACUGUGUACCUAGAAAAUCUGCAAAGACUGGUGGGGAUUAGCCUCAGAGGUGACCAACCGCCUGGGAGGGAUGCUGGUGGAGGACGAGGUGAAACUGCAAAAGGCAAAAUAGAAAGAAAAAGUGAGGAGGACUUGGGGCCAAUUCUGUAGGGGCAGUCUGGGAUACCUCCAUUUCUUAACUCUUGACAAGUCCUAAUCUAUCUCUCUCCCUCCCUAGAUAGAUGGCUAGUCCCACUGUCACAUCAAGACAAAUGGGAUUUUUUUUUUCCUACCAAUCUGGUGUGUCUGGUGCUUCACCUAAAUUUUGCUGGUGCUAAGUGUGUUCUUGCUGGUGCUGCCAUGGUAUUCUGCGGCCAGACCAGCAAGGCCCGGGAACAAGAGAGAUUACUAUUUUGCUGUUUUGGAUUCUCUUUUUUUAAGGGAUCAGUCACAAAGUGCCACUUGAGAGUCUUUUCUCUUUCUCUACGUGGGGAUGAAUAUCCAGAGGUGUUCUGGAGCAAACCUUGGGGUCUGGGAGGAAGUGGAGGGGAUGGCACUGAGUGGCUUGCUGGUUAUGUGGUGGAAAGCUGACCUCACAUACGACUUGCUUGCAGUCUCCUCCACCCCCACAGAAGUAUCCUGGGAGUUCAGUCCACAGCCUCCCCCACUCCCCAAGGGGAUUUCAGGGCUUAGGUUUUAUGGAUUAAAGAGCCAAGAAAUGGCUACGUUGUGGUCAAGGGUGAUUUAUAAGCAAGGGAGGUUGGGGGAGGGAGAGGGUCAUUUAAAUGAAAUGCACCAGCAUCUCACUGACUGACAGAGGGUCUGAUUUUUUUUUUUUUUUUCCAAGAUAAGCUACUAUUUUCAGAAGUUUCUUGAAGGGCUAAAAAAGAAAAAGAUGUGUGCUGGACUGAGACUUGGCUGCAAAGACUCUUCAGGGAGCGAUGAUUAUUUUUUUGCUUUCAUUAAAAAUAAAUCCAACAACAGGUAUUCCUCUGUGCAGGACACACACUGCCUUUUUCAAAACUGAGUUGGUGAGGCACCAGGCUGCAGGUUCAGACAGUCGCUCUUCAAAGCUGGAUUUGCAGAUCACCACCCAGAACCGACGGACAGGGGGUCUGCGGUGCUGGUUAGUGCACACCCUUCCAGUUCUAAGAAGCCAGCAGAGGGAUCAGCCAUUUUAAGGUUGACAUGGGGCUGAAACAGCCAUUCUUCCCCAUGGGCUUUGCUGAAAAUUACCAGGUCCUUUAGAAUGCAGGAGCUUUCAGUGCUGCUGCAAGCUGGGAGCUGUCUUUCUUUCUUUAAAAAAAAACAAACAAAAAACUAUGCCUUAUGUUUUCCUAAAUAGCCCUUUAAAGAAAAAUGCAAUCCAGAACUGCUGAAGGUGAGGGCAGCUUCCCCUCUCCUCCAGACAGCCUGGAACUCAGCAAAACAAAAAGGAAAGCUGAUUUUUGGGGAACUUGUUUCCCUUCAGGGCUGGAGCCCUCCCUACAGUUACGUUUACAGGGGACGGUGUGUAGGCAGGGGUCGGCAGAGAGCCGCAGGUGGCAUUCCCACCAAGCCAAGAACUUAGAGAAGGCAGAUGAAUUAGAAUGAUACGACGUGCAGACACUAGUCUUUCCCGCUUACCCCAUUUUCUGGGACCGGGGUUUUCAUUACUGUAGUUGUACGUGAUCACAGCUCUCUUCUGCUCCUUCAAGGCUGCGCCUUCCAGACUGCAGUGGGGACAGCUGACCACCUAGAUGCAGGUUAAAGGUCAGGAGAUCCCUUUUUUGACCCUGAUUAGCUUAUGACAUUUCCUCUAGAGAAUCCAGACUCCAAAUGCUGGGGUUUUGGGCAAUACUGAUUUCAAUGAAGCCACACUGCUGAGAGAACUGGGCACCCAGGACCUUCCUGAUGGAGCUUUACAGCCAAGUCCCUUGUACAUAUUCUCUUGUAUUAUUAGAAACUGUGUAUUUAUCUAAUCCUGGCUUUUUUCUUGCACAUCAUUAAUUUGAGUGCAUUUCUCAACUGCCCCGAUUUUUGACAAGGGGUUGUUUUUAAUGCUUGUUUUUAUAUGAGAUUUGACUUCUUGAUGGACAUUUGUAUUAGGAAAUUGAAGCAUGAUAUAUAUGUAUAUAUUGUCUCCACCGUCUCUCCUAUUGCAUUACUUGAAUUGCAUGAGAUAGUGGGGUGGUGGUUUUUUUAAAAAAAUAUUUCCACAGUGUGCAAAGUGCUGGCACCAUCCCUCCUUCUCUUCCCCCUCCCUUUUCUCUGGCUGCCAAGGAGUCAUUGAUUUUGAUUAGCUUCACUGCAGAGCGUCUGUGAAGAGAGAGAGAGAGGGAGGGAGGCUUUGAAAUAAAUUUAAAAAAAAGACCUCAUAUCGGGUUUCAGCAGACAGCAAUGUGUGUGUGUGUGUGUGUGUGUGUCCGUGCAGAGCAGAGGGAGGCCUCUGAGAUCAUCGUUUAGGUAGCUUGCUGCAUAAUGAGGUGAGGAGAAAACAGAAAGAUCUCCUUCCUGGUUGUUCUCAGAGGAUGGGGGUCCAGGAACCACAGGGAUUGGAACCUCUUGGGACAUCAACAUUCCAACUUAGAUCCAUUCCCUUCUGGAAGCUUCUCUCCUCUACCCCCAACCCCCACGAGCAAAUAAGAUCUCUUUUCCCCUUUUCAGAUUUGGGGGUUCCAUUUCACAUUCCCUUUGGCAUAGAUAUAGCUUGAGUAACAGGUUUCUUUGGGGGAGCCCAUGUGCCUCUGUGGCUGCUGUCCAUGGUCCUAGGCUGUGUGUCUCCUAGAACUCAAUUCCCAUUUUGUUCCUCUUUCAUUGGGAUACUGGAGACUUCUUUUCCACUUCUUCCAGUGGUCUCAUUUUAAAAUUCUUCUCUAUUUUGAUGGGGGAAAAAGGUGAUUUAAACAAUACUGUCACAGAACAAUGGAGCUGUGACUCUGGUUUCACAAUUUAUGUAUCUGAGCUCAUGCUUUAUUAUCAUGUUUCUGACAGUGACAAAAUAUCACUUCCCCUCACUGGGAAAUUGGCAAAGUCCUCCUCUGAUCCUGCACAAGUAUCUUUUGGGGACACUGGCUUGCUGCUGUGGACUUGUUGAGUGUCCAUCUGGUAUUAGAAGCUGCAGUGACCAGAAAACAGGUUUUGUUCUUCAAUGUUGAUACCAGUUCCUUUUCUGAAUGACUUCUUAAGUCCAUCUGGGCCAAUCACAGGGCCAGAAGCAGGUUUGGGGGUGAGGGGACAGGCUAGACACCCUGGCCUAGUCCCAUGGGAGCUGAUGGAGGGAGGAAGUUGAUAUCAAGAGUGUCAUUUUAAAGCGUAAACCAAAAGUUAUUUUUAAAAGUUGAAUUUGUUCUUUCAAUACCUGUUUAUUGAGCACCUACAGUGUGCCAGGUUGUAGAAUCUCCUUUAGAAAGAUACUUAUGUAUUGAUGAUGGAGGGGUAGACCUGCUUGGAACCAGACGAUGCUGAACGUCCCUUUCCAGUCUGGUUCACGGUGUUUAACAGAUUUAACAGGUCAUCACUGUGUCCCUAAGCCUUGCUGGCAGGUUAUUUUAUAGUAUUUAUAUUUACUGAGAGCUACAUUACCAUGAAGGUGAUUCAAAAGCUGACAACCUCAACUCAUUCCCAGCACGAAAAGACUGGUUCUUGCUGCUUCACAGUAAAGAAAGCACCCAUGUAUGGCGGGCUCACACCCCCAAGCACUGUGUUAAGUGCUCAUGUUUCCCCCUUAGUUAUUCCUCAUGCUCACUCCGGAAGACAGUGCUGUUACGAUUCCCAUUUUACAGUUGAGAAAGCUGAGGCUCAGAGAGGUUAUGAAAUUUAGCCUAAGUUGCAUGUGAAGAGGCUGAGCCAAGAUCCGGAUUCAGGUUUGCCUGACUCCCCCUCCACAUCCCCCAAGUCCAUGAGCUACCUGUCCUGCUACACUGGGUCCCUUCCUGAGCUGGUUCCACGGCACUACUAGUUCAAGGGCAAGCCCAAGCCUGGGGCCCAGUAAGGAGCAGGGGAGCCUGACUUAGGUUGCAUCUGGGGACACUCUAGGACAGGCUGGAUGGUUUAGUUGGGGAUUUUAUGUAUCUGUUCCCUGCCUUUUGAGUUCCUGAUUUCUAUAAGGUCCCUGGGACAAGCAUCUCAUUUGCAAACAUGCGUUGUUCAACUUACUUCCUAGGACAUGGGAAGCCUUUCUCACCUCCUUCCCGUCCCAUCCCCCACUUGAACCCCCAAGUUCCUCCCCUCAAGGUCUUUUGCACUAUAAGUGCCCAGGAGCCCGUGUGUGCGGUGGGGAUGGCUGUGGGGCUGUUUGGAACCUCAGUGAGGCCUCUGACUCAGCUGGAGAGGCAAUAAGCUUGGGGACAUUCCGUUCUGGGUUCUACCCUUGCCGGUUCGUCAUGCUCUUUCGUAAGAGGAAUUUCGUACCUUGGAGAUGCUUUGUACAUAUUUGUAAUGACUUUAUUAAAAAAUUGGUUGUGUGCUUCCA